AUGUUAUUACAAGGUAAAGUAGCUAUUGUCACUGGUGGUGUUACAGGUAUUGGUAAAUCCAUUGCCAUUGGAUUACACGAACAAGGAGCUAAAAUUGCCAUCAAUCAUUUACCCAGUCAAAUCAAUCUUUUCAAUGAUAUAAAGGAAAUUAUCCCUGAUGCUUUAUCAGUACCAGGAGAUAUUUCCAAACCUGAAACCAGUCAGUUCAUUGUUGAUGAAACCAUAAAGAAAUUUCAAAAGAUUGAUAUUCUCGUAUCCAAUGCUGGAAUUUGUGAAUUCAAGGAUUUCUUGGAAACUGAUGCUCAAACUUAUCAAAGAACAGUUGAAAUCAAUUUGAAUGGUAGUUACUUUAUAACUCAAGCUGUAGGGAAACAAAUGAAAGAACAAGGUCAUGGAGGUUCUAUAAUUGCCAUCAGUUCAAUUUCAGCUCUUGUUGGAGGAGGUAAACAAGUCCAUUAUACACCAACUAAAGCUGGGAUUUUAUCAUUAAUGCAAUCAUGUGCUUGUGCUUUAGGACCUUACGGAAUCAGAUGUAAUGCCAUAUUACCAGGUACCAUCAGAACUCAAUUAAAUGAUGAAGAUAUGAAAGAUGAUACUAAAAGACAAUACAUGGAAGGUAGAAUUCCUUUAGGAAGAUUAGGUAAAACUGAUGAUCUUAUCGGACCAGCAGUUUUUCUUGCUAGUGACUUAUCAGAAUAUGUCAAUGGAGCUCAAUUACUCGUUGAUGGAGGUUUAUUCGUCAAUUUACAAUAG